AUGGAAAAUUAUGAUGAAUACACGUCCAACGAAGAGAUGGACAGUUUUCAAGGUGGAGACAAUACGAUAGUCGUGACAGGCGCUGUGGUUCGUGAUGACCCACAUCGCAGACGUGCCAAUGCACCACAACCCAGAGUUCGUGUUCUACGUGUCAUCUUGAGCAACAUGCAAGGACGUGAAAUGCGAGUUCUCUUCUGGGAUCAACGUGUUGCGGAAUUUGAGAACAGAAUUUUACGACAAAUAAUCAGAAUCAGUGGUCCACGAGUAGUCGUUGCGAAUCCACUAUAUGUUGAUUUGACACAAAAUUUAAUGUCAAUUGAAUUGUCUAUUCAACAGUCAACAACUGUCGACAUUCUUGGACCAAUUCCAGCUGUACGAGGUCCAGCAUUACCAAUGGCACCAAGUGUUGAGCUUCGUAAUGCUGGAAACAUGCUUGGUCAGGUUCAAAUAACAGCAUUCAUUAGGCAUCCUAUUCAACGUCAAAUAAUUGGCAAUUUUACAAGCGCAAGUGGUGCUAUUACUGAUGGAGUGUAUCACCUCUGUGUUAAUGUUGCUGUUCCUUCAGCACAAAUGAUUCCAGCUGGUUCUCAUGUGACAAUACUUGGUGAACUUCGUCGUAAUAAUCAUGACACAUUGAUACUUCAAGUUACUGAAAUGACAAACAUACAAAUUGUUGACGAGCAAAUAAUGGAUCCAGCUCAACUUAGAAAUGGAUUCCAUAUUAUUCCAAGGAUUGCAGCUGGUGAACAACUUCCAGCAAUACCAAAUGCUGCACCACAGAUGCAACGUCAUCAAUUUAAUGCACCAGUAAUAAAUCAUGGUAACUUGCUUAAUGUUUUGAUUUGAUCAAUAAUACUUUAAUCUUUAAUCAGUAUAAUAUUAUUAUUUGAUCUUUUUUAUUGUUUUAUUAUUUUCCAGGACCACAACCUGUUGUACAACCGCAACAUCAAGUUGCUUU